AUGGCGGCUGGAUUGACUACCCAGAAUGCGCAGCCGCAGCUGCUGUUCGUGGACGGCACCUUCCCCGAGCUGGCUGGCGAGAUGGCAGACUACCUCCACAUCGCCGACGAGGUCAAGCCCCUGCUGGAGGACGAGUCGAAGAAGGAUGAGGCCCUCGCCAAGCUUGUGCGCUCCUCCUCGGCUCUGACCUCUGUCCCCGAGAAGGAGUUCACCGCCGCGUCCAACCUCAUGAUCCACCUCGUCAUGCAGUCCAACGAGCCCAAGAAGCACCUGCCCGCGCUGUGCCAGGCCUUCAGCAAGCCCAUCGCCACGUCGCCCAUCAACGGCGUCGGCCUGAGCCUCAACGCCCUGACGACCGUGUUCAACCUCAUCGACCCCAAGAACCCGAUUCGCUUCAACGUCUUCUCAGCCAUUCUCAAGUUCCUCAAGGCACACGGCAUGUUCGACACGAUCGAGCCCUACCUCAAGCACAUUCCCACCUGGUUUGAUGACUGGAACACGGGCGAGGAGUACCAGCGGAAUAUGUAUGUCGACAUUUCUGAGGUUGCGGCCGAGGCAGGCCAGGACGAACAGAGCUACGAGUACCUUCUCAAGGCCCUGCGCACGUUCGACGCCGACGACAAGGAGGAGCUCGCCUCCGAGGAGGCUCAGGAGCUGUCGCUGCGCGCCGUCAAGGAGGCCCUCCUGUCGCCCACGCACCUCCUCUUCACCGAUGUCCGCAGCAUACCCAGUGUCCAGAACCUCAGCGAGACGCACCCCGUGUGGUCGCAGCUGCUGGACAUUUUCGCCGAGCAGGACCUCGAGGACUACAACGACUUCAACGACGAGCACGAGGGCUUCGUCGAGAAGGAGGAGCUCGACGGCGACCGCCUGCUCCGCAAGAUGCGUCUCCUCACAUUCGCCAGCCUCGCGGCGCAGACGACGAGCCGCCGCAUCGAGUACGCGUCCAUCGCCAAGGCGCUGCAGGUGCCGUCCGAGGACGUGGAGCUGUGGGCCAUUGACAUUAUCCGCGCCGGCCUCGUCGAGGGCCGCCUCUCGCAGCAGGAGAAGGUCUUCCUCGUGCACAAGGUCACGUACCGCGUCUUCGGCACGAGGCAGUGGCAGGAGCUCGCCACGCGUCUCGACUCGUGGCGCAACACGCUCACGGGGCUCAACGAGGUGCUUCGCAAGGAGGAGGCCAACGCCAAGGCUCAGAAGGAGCGCGAGGUGCAGGAGCUCGAGCGCAAGCUCCAGGGCGCCGGCCUCGAGGGCGGCAGUGGCGGUGGCGCCGGUGGACGGCAGCGCGGCGGCAACCAGGGCCGCCGGGACAACAGGGAGCGUGAGCCCAGGGAGCCCAAGGAGCCCCGGGAACCGAAGCUGAGGACGGACGACGACGACUGA